CCCCCAGCACGGUCUCCGCUCUCCUGUGAGGAGCCGCGAACCCUCUGGAAAGCGCAGUCGGAAAGUUGUCGGUGGCGGUGUCCUGUGCGCCCGGUUGUGUAACCUCGGCACUGACCAGCCGGACGGGGAAGUUGCUGGCCCGGCAGCCAGCCCGGCUUUGUCGCGGCCGCGGGCGGAUUUCAUGGCCCGUGGCGAACGCGGGGCUGGAGCCGGUGUGGGUGAGCCCGCGUGUGCCCCCUCCGGUGGGGAUCCCAGGUGCCCGCUCCCUCGCUUUUCCGAUGCUCGGUGCGCCCCUCGCCGCUGCCGCCCUCUCGCCGCUACUUGCCCCUAGGAGCCGCCGCGUAAGUCGGGGAAGGAGAGAAUGACCGAGGUGCUGUGGCCGGCUGUCCCCAAUGGGACGGACGCUACCUUCCUGGCCGGCCAGGGUUUGCCCUGGGGGAACAGCACCGCAGCCUCCACCGCUGCUGUCGCAGCAGCCUCGUUCGCAUGCUCGCUGACCAAGACGGGCUUCCAGUUCUACUACCUGCCGGCUGUCUACAUCUUGGUGUUCAUUAUCGGCUUCUUGGGCAACAGCGUGGCGAUCUGGAUGUUUGUCUUCCACAUGAAGCCGUGGAGCGGCAUCUCCGUGUACAUGUUCAACUUGGCCCUGGCCGACUUCUUGUACGUGCUGACUCUGCCCGCGCUCAUCUUCUACUACUUCAAUAAGACGGACUGGAUCUUCGGGGAUGCCAUGUGCAAGCUGCAGAGGUUCAUCUUCCAUGUGAACCUCUAUGGCAGCAUCCUGUUCCUAACCUGCAUCAGCGCGCACCGGUACAGCGGCGUGGUGUACCCGCUCAAGUCUCUGGGCCGGCUCAAGAAGAAGAACGCAGUCUAUAUCAGCGUGCUGGUGUGGCUCAUCGUGGUGGUGGGCAUCUCCCCCAUCCUCUUCUACUCAGGCACCCAGGUCCGGAAAAACAAAACCAUCACCUGCUACGACACCACCUCCGACGAGUACCUGCGGAGUUAUUUCAUCUACAGCAUGUGCACAACCGUGGCCAUGUUCUGUGUCCCCUUGGUAUUGAUUCUGGGCUGUUACGGAUUAAUUGUGAGGGCUUUGAUCUACAACGAUCUGGACAACUCGCCUCUGAGGAGGAAAUCCAUUUACCUGGUGAUUAUUGUACUGACUGUCUUUGCUGUCUCUUACAUCCCUUUCCAUGUGAUGAAAACGAUGAAUUUGAGGGCCCGGCUGGAUUUUCAGACCCCAGAAAUGUGUGCUUUCAAUGACAGGGUUUAUGCCACUUAUCAGGUGACAAGAGGUCUAGCAAGUCUCAACAGUUGUGUGGACCCCAUUCUCUAUUUCUUGGCAGGAGAUACUUUCAGGAGGAGACUCUCCAGAGCCACUAGGAAAGCUUCCAGAAGAAGUGAGGCAAAUUUGCAAUCCAAGAGUGAAGACAUGACCCUCAAUAUUUUAUCUGAAUUCAAGCAGAAUGGAGAUACAAGCUUGUGAGGAUGCAAGAAUCACCGAACACUCACUUUUGUAACAUGGUAGGAUGCUUAAUAGAGCCAAGUGCUUUUUUCCCCUUUAAGUUUCUAGUAAGCUUAGAGAAAACUAAGUCCAAGAAAAUAGUGAGUUUAAAAAAAAUGAAAACACCCACCCCUACAUUUGGCUCGUUUGGGUUCCUUUUCAAGGCCUCCCUUUCUAAAUAGAAGUGUGUAAAAUAAAAUUAUCCUAUCCUACUUAAACAUUUACUUUCUCAUCUGCCUUUAAAAUUUACAAGCUUUUCUGUUUAAAGUGCACUUGAGUACUAGAGCUAUUUUGAUAUUAAUAAUUUCUCCAAGGAAACU